UUUUGACAGUUCGCAGCUGGUGCUGUUGGAUUGUUUCUGUUAUGGAUUUUUGAGACCUAAAAGCGUAGAUAGUACUUAAAUUGUGGCGAUAACUAAGUAAUAUAAUCUAAAUUUAUUACAUUUGUAACAGUUUUUAUAUAUAUUUUUCCUUUGGCACAAUGUAUAAGAUCUACUACAGCCAGUUUUGUUCAAUGAUCACAUAAAAUAAAAGGGCAAUGGACCCAGUUAUAGAUAAUGAAUGGCUGGGAUGUAAGAAUGAAACUAUUGACGAAAUGCCAAAUGUUGGCAACAUUGCACGGAGCUGGCAGUGGAGGGAGAGAGGUAUCAACCCUCCACACUGCCCUAACAACAAGGCUGUGCUUGAAAACAUGGCUGAGGACAUACUUGUACAGAAACCCCUUCAAAUAAGAAGCUGUGACUUACCUGGCUACCCCAGAUCAACAUUUUUAAUGGUUUUCAGUCCAGAUGGUACGAAAGUAGCAUCGACGCAUGGAAACCAUAAUGUGUAUGUGUCUGAGCUGGCUAGUGGCAAACAUGUGCGGAUACUGAGGGGACACCCUCGUACUCCGUGGUGCAUUGCCUUCCAUCCGUCACACCCCUUGCUCAUAGGCUCUGGUUGCCUCGGCGGACAAGUCAGGGUGUGGGAUAUUGCAAGUGGCGGAAGUGAAGUCUGGAAUGUUCGCAACGAAACUGUCAUAGCCUCAAUUGCUUUUCAUCCCCGGGAACAACUGCUGGUCAUAGCUACAUAUAAUGAAUUAUACUUUUGGGACUGGAGCCAACCGGCUCCUUUUACCAAAGUGUGUACUAAUAAUGUUAAUGAAAAAGUGAGAUAUGUGGCUUUUGACGCUCUUGGGUACAAGCUUAUCACUGGUAUAUCACUAUGGGCUUGUUCAGGCGGGCCUAUCAACAACUCUACAGCGGCACAAAAUCCACCCGUGGGCCCGACAAACAACCCGAAUAAUAAUAAUUCUAGAAGAGAUGACUCAGACGAGAGUCCCGGAACUAGUCGCCAGCAAGACAGCAAUGGUUCUGCCCAGGACAUGAUUGUGAAUUCUUAUCAAAACUUGGUACAAAGAUAUGAUAGCUUAGUGCGGAAUUAUCAAAGACUUUUCAUGGUACGCCAUCGGUUAACCAACACCCCUCCACCACCCAAUACGACUGAUCGAGGAACAGAUCCUAUGGAAACCGAUGUUGGAGUCAAUAGCUCUGGGGGAUACACACGACCUCAGCGUAGCUAUACUGCUCAGAACGAUGCAGAACCAGGUCCGAGCACGUCUCGCAGCCAAGAUCCAGUAGAAACUGGAGAUGGAGAAAACAGUCGCCUGCUCAACUUAGAGGUGUUGUCUAUUGAUAGCAAUCCCCAAAGAAGUACAACUGCAUCAAAUCAAGAGCGUUCUUCAUUUGGAUCACGGUCGUCCGCCUUCCAACCUUUGAGCAACUCGGAUCGAUCGCAAAGAUCUAUGGAGUUCGAGAGUCCCAGACUGUUACCAAAUCCGUUCUCUUCAUCUAACGGCACCCCGAGACCGACCAGAGUAACUUUUACAGAAAUGCCAGCUUCCAGUUCCGCGAAUACUUCACGUACUAGUAUUUUCACCUCUUCUCGAGGAUCCUCCUUGGGACGAGAUUUUUCAAUGCGCCGAAGAAACUUUACUCCUGUACAACGUCACGAAACCAAUCAAAAUGAUCCAGCUACUGCAGCUGGUGAUCCUUCUUCAUUGCCCUUUAUAUCUCGGAGAACAUUCCAGUCUAGUACAUUGGCUGAUAGCCAACCAUCAACAUCGGGCACUUCUUCUCAGAGGCCAACAAUGACCAACUCAUCCACACAGAUGAGCCCCCAGACGGCGCCCGUCGACGCACAAACUAUUAACGAAAGUCUUGACUUGAUUCGUGAUAUUCUCCGUGACUCUGGAACAAGGUUAUUAAACUUAAUAACGAACAUGUCUCUUUCGACGAUGGCGGCCGUGGAGCGCAAUAUGCCGCGGCGCGGGGCGGGGGCGCGCGCCCACUCCGACGACGGCGAGGCCGGGGCCGCCGCGCGGAGAGCUCGGCCUCGCGUGCGCUUGUUCAGCUCCACUUGGAGACGUGAAUUUUUGUCAUCCAGUUCAGAUUCUGACAGUGAUCAAUCUUCUGAAGUUAAUAUUUUUAGAACAAGAAAUACUACAUUUCAAGAAGACGAGCCUAGGGAUCGUGUAAAUGCAUCAACUUCUUCAGAAAGGCUACCACACCCUACUGACAGACUGGUAUUCGAGCUAAACGAUGAGUUACGUAAUGCUAGUUCUACUAGAGAUUCCGGCCCGUCGAGGGAACCGGGAGGUAUCAAUGUAUCAUUAUCUAAUAAUAGGUUCCGCGUAAGGACACAAAGCGACACUUCAGGCACUGAUGUGGCGUCCUCACCCGCACCCGCGGGGGCCGCAUCCAUCGGUGUAGGGACCUCGCCCCCAACCGAAUCUGAAACUACUGCAGCUGGAGCUACUCCCGGUACUGACGGAACCAGUGCCGCCCCGGGGGGGAGCACAGGGAACACAGCCGACACGCCUGGAACAUCAGGCCAACGUACUCAAAGUACCCCAGGCUUUAAUCCUGACAGACCAUCCACAAGUAGAGACGUUUUUUGGAAUAGAGGUGGUGUAGUUCCACCUGAUGAAGCUUACAGAAAAGUUAGAAGCGGCGUCAAUGCACUGCAGAAGCAUACAGUUCAACUGACAAAUCUGUGGCUGCGGGGGAGUCGCGUCACUAUGAGAGAAUUACGCGGGAUGUGGGAGACCUUACGUCGACGUAUAAUUACGCUUCAUAGAGAAACAGGAACACAUGCUGUUCCUGGUUAUUACACAAGACCUUUACUAGAUCGUUGCAUGAUGCUAACUGACAUGGCAGAAAACUUUACACGCACUACAAGAAACCCAAGAACUACCGCCAGAAACGAAGAUGUUGAUAGAAAUUCAGCAGGCCGCAAUGCUACCUCUAACAAUACAAGUAAUGCGUCAGCACAAAGUGAGCGACACACGUCAGCCGGCGCUGGAACCGAAGGCAGGCCACCACAGGGUGGACGGUCUACUCAAACAAGAACGUCACCAAAUAUGCGAUCGUCUCCUUCCCUGAGAAGAAGAUUACAAUCAAAUUUGCGCUGGCGCCCUGAGGAUGAACUCAGAAGGCGGUCUCGCAAUCCGACCGCUUAUCGCAUAGCAUCGCGUUUUACCAACCGAUCGCGUAGGGACUUCGCGCGUGCUAUAGAAAUAAGUGCUACCAGACAUGAAAUACGCAUGAGAGCCAUGCAGGUGUUGUCGGUCAUGUUCAAUAUGAUGAUGAUGUGUCUAGAAGAACCAGGGCUUAGUCAACUUAUCAUUAGCAUGUUACGGACUCUGAAAAGAGCUUUAGCGUUAACUUGCCUACUUGUUAUGUCCAAUAGGAAUAACGGACGGCCCGCAACGAACCAAGCUCCUGCACCACAACGCGUAGAAUCCUUAGAUGUUGUACGCAUUCAAAAUGUUGACCAUAAUGUUGACGUUAACGUUGACGGACCCGAUGAACAGGUUCCGAACAGUGCACAAAAUGGCGCAGAGCCAGAGGCGACUCGAUUGCGGCAAACUGGCGGUAGCAGUGCCGAGACACCAUCUACAUCCUCUACGGCUGAAACCGUCAAAACAAACAAUAGCAAUAUAAAUCCACAAGAAGCUUCAACUUCCACCUCCACCGCUAGAGUUUCACAAAAAUGGAGCGAUCGGCUUGCCGUCCAAAUCGCUGCAGCCAACAGAAAUAAUUCUGCAACAGCAAGAAGCAGAAGAGAACUGUAUAUGGAGAGUAGGAGGUUAAAAGCAUUACAUAGAACUAAUCCUACUGCACAUCCUCUUAUCAAAAAGAGGGUUUUACCACCAGUUUCAAACUAUAGAAUACCAGCAUUGCGGAGCCUUCCUAGGAGGCCUGGCGUAACAAGAUUCCGAAGUCCAAGAGUAGACGCAUUAAACUCAAACGAACCAGUAGCGGGGCCUUCAAACGCUCCGCCUCCUGGUGAAAACGGUAACCUUCAGGAAUCUCCUGGUAGUGAACUGAUGAACGAGUUUGAACACAGGGUAAAUUUCAUACGGAUAGCUCACAUGCAAGCAGUGAGAUUAAGAAAUGCAGCCAGAAACAGGUUUCGACGCUUACAGACAAUCCGCCUAUACACGCCGUCGUCUGUUCGAGAGAUGUUCUCUGUACAGGCGAACAAUGGUGACACUCCGCCAGGCAACCGCUCGCCAGGCCCGAGCGGCUCUGCAGAGGGCGGGAGCCGCCACCCGCUGGCCAUGUUCCGACCCCACAUCCUGUCCUCCCGCGCCGACCCCGCCGGCCGCGACGACCUCAGCCACCAGUUCCAUACCGUACUCAACAACGUCGCCAUGCCGCUUAUGCAUAUGAGCGAUCUGCCCGGGAACGAAGCUCCUGGCACUCAGCGGCUGCCUAGGAUACAUGAAUAUCUGCAACCCAUCAUUUUGGCCCAGAACGCUAUGGUAGUGGAGGAUGAAGGCGGUCACGGUGAAGGCGGUGGUGGCGGCGGCGGCGGUGGCGGAGGCCCGGGCGCGCGCCGCCUGGCGGGGAUGGCCGGCAUGGCCAGCCUGUUAGACGCCGGCAUCAUUUCUGAAACGCUGCCCGCCCCCUCACACCGCGUGCAGGCUUGGGACUUUACCACCGGACACACCCCCGAGAUAUCGGAUAGUACUAAGAAUGUAGUGGUCCAGCGAUGUCGCAUCCACAAUGAUGCCAGCAUUGACAUAUCCAAGGACGGUAGACUACUAGUGGCACUUCUUCCAGUGCCCAGACUGAGGAACACAAAUCAUUGGCUAGGCGUGUACUCGCUGGAGUGGGCGCGGUUGGGACAGUGCUUGCAUACUGCGGUACUGGAGCAAAGCGCGGUGUCGGUGGCGCUGUCGCCCACGGCGCGCCAUCUGGCGGUUGGGCUGGGCUCGCGCCGCUUUACUACGGCGCCCCAUGCACGAAACAACGUCAUCGCCCUCCUGUACAAGCUCGACCCACUCGAAAGUUCCAGUCGCACGGGCCUGUCUCCUAUAAAAGAAUUGGAACAAAAUUGGGAACAUGGCUUUACUAGCCUUAAUUGCCUCCGCUGGGCACCCCAACCGGGCCAAGGACUCGUCUAUGCAAACAACACUGGACAACUCAUAGUAAUGAGCUAAGUAGAAGCCAUCAUGACAUUUGACUACAAACAGACUCUGGAUACAAUAUCACUGCCACACUGACUGCUGUUUUUGUGACAUCCAGUCAAUUAAUUUUUACGCAUGUGGCAAAUUGUUCCUGUUUAUAACUACUUAAAUCCCUCUGUUUAUAAUCCAUAAUGUAUUUAGCAUAAAGUCGAGCAUUUGAAAAAUAUCUUUUGGGCAGAAUUAUCAAAGGUUGUUACAUUGAAAGCUGUCCGAUUUUAAAAUACAUAGUUUGUAAUGUCCAAUACAAUAUUCUAAAUAAAUUGUAAUUGAUCUCGUGAAUUAUUUGAUUGGAACUGAUUGAGCAAGAAAUGUCUGUGGUGUAAUAGGUAACUCAAAACUAAUUGUUAUGGUAAUUGUUCCAAAUUAGAGUUACAACUUCAAUGCUUGUAUUACUUACCACAUUAAUAUUUAGGAUAUAAAUGUAAAUCGAUGCGUGUGACUCGUAAUACUUGAUUGAAAGUUAGAUUCGUCGCCAGUCUUCAGAUAUUUAUUCUUUGUAAAAACCUGAUUUCUGUAAAUUCGUAACACUUACCUAUUAGAAAUUUAUAAGACUUUAUCCCUUUUACAUAGGUAUAUAUAUAUAUAUUAAAGUUUGUGUUAUUGUUAUGCACUACCUUACGAGAUUUCGGUGUAAAAUUAUUUAUGUUAAUUUAAUAAAUUUCGUUUCGAAUGUACAUGAAAUCAUGUUGCGUUAUGUAACACAGUUGUUCUUUAUUUUGUUUAUUCUUUUGAAGGUAGUGUGUUUUCAGUUCUUCCAUUUUUAUAUUAUUAUGACGUUCUGGCGCGGCGCCAUAUUUAAGUUAAAUAAAGGAGGUUUUUUGGUCCUUAUUAUAAUCCGCCAUUGUGUCAUUUCUGUCUAAUUGUUAAGACAAAUUUAUUUAAUUAUAGACAGUUUAUAAAUCCAUCUUAGACUUAAGGCUAAUUCUACACAAUCAGUUUUAGUUACAUUUCAUUUGAUCUUGAUACUUCAAUACAAACUGCCCAGAUUGAAGAAGCCUAAGUCUGAGACUGAUUUUCCCGCGUUAUAGACUGAUGAUCGAUCCGACCAGGGUACGAUGGGUAGUUGACAAGUGUAAAACUUGAAGUGGGAUAUUUAUAAUAAAAUUAUUUAUUGUAAAAUUUUUACUUGUAUUAUAUUAUAUUAGUAUGUAAUAUGUUUACUUACUUUCUACAAUAGUCGAAACCCAACAUGCAUUUAAAGCGAUCAUUAACGUAAUUCUAGCCCAUUAUUUUGAGCCGUCUAAAACUCUUUGCUUGAUGCCAUAACGGAAUUUCAAACUCGCUUGACUAAUACACUUUGAGGAUUUUUUUUGAACAAGGAAGCACGAGCUUCGCAACAUACCAUCACCACAUACUUUUAUGUAGGUACUCACAUUAGUUGUUUUCAUUUGAUGGUACCUAAAUUCUUCUGCUAUACCUACCGCAGAGAAACUUGUAAAUAAAUAAUGGGACUAUCCUUAGUUGGGAGCAAAUAUAUGGAAUUUGACACCAUUUCUAUGUCGAAUUUUCAACGAUAGUGAAGCAAAGUAGUACUGAUAGAUUAGCAACAGUUACAUAUGCUAUGUCUGACAUAAUAAGUAAAUUUAUCGUCAGCUUAACACUCAAUCAUCAGGGAGAAGAGAGCUUGAACUAUAACGAUAAAGUUACUCACUUGUGCUAUGUGAUUGUAGUUGCAUUGUAUGUAUAACAAUAUUGACUAAUUUUUUUAUGAAUUUGAGGCUGGUUUCACAUGCUCUGGGUAGCCACUAUUUACAAAAAGAAAAUAAUGGAACACAAUUUAAAUGAAGUAUCUGCUAGUCAAAAUUUUAAGGAGCGGUGAAACUCAGCCUUGUAAAAUGUCGACGUAGGUUUUCCUCAUUGCCUAGUUAAUCUCAUGGGUUUUUUACUACUCUAUGACUUGUUGCUUAUUUAUCGUGCUAGUGACAUUAUUAGAGUUUCUGAUAAACCAAAAUUGUUUACAAUGUUGUACUUACCUUUAUUUUUAUUUUCUAUAACGAAGUUUUUUCAGGUAAAGUCUGGAGAAGACAAUGAGAUUUACAAUUUCUAAAUGCUUAGUAACGAAAUUUGAUGAAACUUUCUGUUUGCAAACACUUAAUAUUUAAUAUAUUCACUUUUCAAUACAUUGAACAUACAUACCAAAUAUUGAAUGUUUUAAUUAUUUCCCCGUACCCUAACUACCUGUACUCAAUCUGGUAGAUCAGAACACAUCCAAUACUUUAGCAAAAGAUACCAUAAAUUGGGUUUUUAUAUGCCUGAUAUCAACUAAGAAAAUAACAUUGGUUAUUAUUUCACUCCAGUUCAAGAUGUAAAAAAAUAUACGUUCCUGCAAUCCUCCUUUUUUUUUCAAUAUUCUAUCAUACCUUUUUCUAAUAGAGGUGAUAGAUCAAAAUCUAAAUGGUAGUUUCCGUUUUAAUAUAACACAAUUUCCACUAACGUUACAUAUUUUAUGCUUAUGUAAUAGAAUGCUUGCUUCUCUUGUAAGCAAAUAGGUACUAAGAUGUAAAAGAAUCUACCUAACGACAUUAAAACAAAAAAGUAUUGCAGUAACUGUUCUAUAUUCGAAAUUAUCUGUAGUAUUCGACAUAUCAGUGAUCAUCUAGACCAAAUAGGCGCCUCAGUCCUAUUUCACAAAAACGUCAUCCUAUUCAUCGGGUGGAUAAACUGUCUGACCUUUUUCUGUAAAUAUUUUUAUUUCUUCAAACAUUUUGUGAUAAUUUGUAAGAAUAGAUUACAAUGUACAGUUUUUUUAAAUAAGAUUCUGUGUACAGAUCCUUCAUGUGUCUAAUAAAGUCCUAAUAGACCAGAAGUGUUUUAUUUGUCUCUGCUUCCCAUCCUGUAAAGGGGUUCUCUUAUCACUUGUAUUGAAAAAAUAAAUGAGAAUGAUAUAAAUAUUGUAUUUAUUCCGUUUCUAUAGAAUGUAAUUGCAUGUAAUGAUGCUGACAAAAUAAUAAUUACACAUUAAAAUAUCAUACAGAAAUUUUGAAAACUUAUGUUACCUAUCUAUAAAUAUUCUUCAAUAAAAAUAUACCGUGUUAAUUUUGCGAAGAUAUACUAUAUCAAAUGAAUUAAGACUAAGCAUGAAACAAAAUGUAUUAAAGACAAAGGGUAUAGUUUGAUGUUUAAAGUAAAUAAAGAUAAUAUUUCUUGAUGUAAUUAAAACCAAUACUGAUAAGAAUGAUAUACAUAUACAAUAUAAAAUAUAUUUUCCUUCGUGUUCAACAAUUUAUACUUCUGAUAUUGAUUUAAAUACAAAAAAUAAACAUUACAAAACGCUCCAAUUUAAAAUGUCAUAUAUACAAAUCUCCUUCAAAGAUCAUGUUUACCUGUAUUAUUUUAGUCAUUAACCGAAGAUAAUAUAAAAACUUAGGGAACUUGCAGACUAAUGUGACAAAAUAUAAAGAUAAAUAUUUCGAUUGUGACUCCAAAGCUGUCACUAAACACGUCAUAAAAACUAAAAAUGGUUUUAACAACUUACAAAAGAUAUAAGUCAAACCAUAAGUAACACUAAUUCCUACAAUUGUUUAUUAAAAAUGUUAAUUUGCUCGUAGCACAAAUAUACUUUCCCUGACUCAUCACAGACCAAAUGUAAAAAUCUAUUUAGAUUUCCAAUGUUUAUUACUGAACCUUGUGUCAUAGCGGCGCCGCACAACACCCUCUGGUGACUUAGAAGCAUUUAAAUAUAAUAGCAUCUAUAACUAACUUCUUUCUGAGGAGGAAGUGGCUAUUUAAUGAAAUGCAAUAAGUGUUAGUGUUCCGAAGGCUUGAGUUCUUUAAUUUGCUUUAUAAGGUAAGCCUUCUCAUCAUUGAACUGUUCAUCCUCAGAACGGUCUGUGUGGAAUUUGGUGAGGAAGUCUACCAAUUUGUCUUGAUUCCUUAGCAAAAUAUCCAAUAUUGGUUUAGGUUUAUUGGGGUUGGCUACAAAUACCUGAAACAGUAACAAUUUAAUGUUAAAUUCUGUUAUAUAUAGUUGACUUUAAUCAUAUCUUUAUUUAAAGUUAUUUUUACCUUAAAAACAUGGAAAGCCUCAAACUGAAUGUUACGUGACUUUUCUUUAAGCAUAUUCAUCAUAAGCUUAAGAUUAUCAGGGUUGGUGAUGUAACGUGUCAUUAUAGAGAAAUUGUGGCGGUCCAGUAACAGUUCUCCCAGUAGCUUCAGACUCUGCCGUCGAGUUACAUAGUUCUCAGAAUUGAGCAGUCGCUGAUAAUGACUGAAAACUUUAUCAUAGUUUGUUUCUAGAAACUCGGCACACAACAUUUUAUGUCGCGUUAGCAAUUCCUGAAAAAUACAAAGAAAAAAUGUAAGAAUUUUUGAAACAUAUCAAAUCUUACUCAUAAUUAUAAAUCACAAUCAUAAAGUAUGUACAUGUAUAAUCUAUUAUGGGCACUUAGCCAAUUUUAGUUGUGUGUUAUGCAGAUUUUUGUAGAACUUCAUGACUGCAAUAAUUAAUUCAAAUAUUUAGACUUAUCUAAACUGAAAAAGUAUAUAUGAAUCAUAUUAUUUUUUUAAAAUACAAGAAAAACAAACCUUAAAAGUAGAAAAGGCAUCUGAGGCAAUAUCAAAAGUGGAAACUUCUACAUAACGGAAGAAAUUGUAAAAAUCAUCUGAAUACAGCAUUAUUUUAGCCAAAGCCUCGUAUCGGGCACACUCUCGUAGCAUUGUUCCACAGUUGGAUGCUAUCUCCUGAUGUUCAUACCU